AAUAUGUGACAGCUUUGAAUGUCACUGUAACUUCCUUUUGAAUCUUUCUUUUCGCCAUUUGUAUCAUACGGCGUGAAACGUCUUUGAAAAACGUCUGAAAGUAAUCUUCAGUUUUUACUAUCAUCCGACCCAAACCAACUAUAAAACAUGGUUGUUAAGAAGCCAAGAUUGAAGAAGAAGACCGUCAGCAAGAAAGUGGCUCCAGCACCACUGGCUGUGAAAAAGGUCGAGCCGAAAAAGAUUGUCAACCCAUUGUUUGAAAAGCGGCCAAAGAACUUUGGCAUUGGUCAAAACAUUCAACCGAAACGUGAUUUGUCCCGUUUCGUCCGAUGGCCGAAGUACAUUCGCGUCCAAAGACAAAAGGCUGUCUUGCAGAAGCGUUUGAAAAUUCCGCCACCAAUCAACCAAUUUAGCCAAACUUUGGACAAGCAAACAGCCGUGCAAUUGUUCAAAUUGCUCGAGAAAUAUCGUCCAGAAACCGCAUUGGCUAAGAAGCAACGUUUGAAGAAGAUUGCUGAAGCUAAGGCUAAGGGCAAGGAUGUCCAACCGAAGAAGCGACCAAACACAUUGAAGGCCGGUACCAACUCUGUGACGAAAUUGAUUGAACAGAAGAAAGCUCAAUUGGUCGUCAUUGCUCACGAUGUGGAUCCAAUUGAGGUCGUUCUCUUCUUACCAGCUUUGUGCCGCAAAAUGGGCGUACCAUACUGUAUCGUCAAGGGCAAGUCCCGUCUUGGAUUACUCGUUCGUCGUAAAACAUGCUCCACCAUUGCAUUGACAGCCGUUGAUGCUGCCGAACGUGCUAAUUUCACAAAGAUCGUCGAAUCAAUUAAAACAAAUUACAACGAUCGCCAAGACGAAAUCCGCAGACACUGGGGUGGUGGUCUUCUAGGAGCUAAGAGUUUGGCUCGCAUUUCCAAAUUGGAAAAAGCGAAAGCACGCGAAUUGGCCCAAAAGCAAGGAUAAAUUUGUUUUUCUAUUUACGAGACGCGGGCGUAAGAUGUGAAGAGUGUGGCAUUGUAUGGGGAUGUUGUCGGAUUCGGCGAAAUCACCUGAUGUUACAAAUAAAAAAAUCUAAAAAGAAAA